CUAAUGCUCAUACAACCCGGUAAAUGGUGGGUGGGUAGUAGCAUGUAGCAAAUCGGUAAACAUCUGUAACCCGGGUCGAACACUCGAACCGGGUGUAACCCAACCCCUAAACACAGCUUUCAGAACGCCUUCAUUCGGCUCCAACACCUGAAGAUGAAACCAACCUUCCGACUUCCUGUCACUUUCCUUUCUCACUACUUUAACCGAAUCCGUCGCUGUUCGUCGUCAAUUCGGAGCGUCGAUUUGGAUCGGGCUGCAGCACCGAUCGACGGCUGUGAUUACAAGCACUGGCUAGUGGUUAUGGACCCUCCUGUAGGUUACCCGCUUCGCUAUCAAAUUGUUGACCGUUAUAUACAAACCCUAGCUUCCGCAUUGGGUAGUGAAGAAGAAGCUAAGAAAUUAAUCUACUCUGUAUCUACAAAGUAUUACUACGCUUUUGGUUGCAAAAUCCAUGAAAAUGUGAUUCAUACACUCAAAUCUAUGCCUAAUGUUAGAUGGGUUUUACCGGAUUCUCAUAUUUCUAAUUCUCUUGGUAAUAAUAAUUAUGGAGGAGAACCAUUUACUGAUGGAUGUGUUGUUCCAUAUGAUGAAACUUUUCAUGAGGACUGGCUACAAGAUCGGAGUGACAAUGGAUUUAGGAGGACAACUCGCAGAAAAAGAUCUAGAAGGAAAGAACAUAAAACAGACCGUGGCUGAGGGUUGACCCGUAUUAAAACAGGUCGGCAACUAGGGGCAGCGAUGCUUAUAAUGCGGUUGGAAUGAUGCAGCUAGUUGAUUUGGUUGAUUGGAGUUGUUUGCUGAAUAAAUGAUAUGUCAAUAUGCUUGUUUAUGAGUACACAGACAGAAAUAAAUUCUUGUUUGUAUGCAAAUUGAGUUGUAAAGUAAUAAAUUAUAUGACACAAUAGAAGCUCAGAGUGUGGAUCCCUCUGAAUUUUACUCAA